AUGGAAUUAGAACGGCCGAAGAAGAUAAAAUGUCCAAAACCACGUGAACUUUCACCGCCGUCACACAUGUUAACUUUUGACGAAUUGGAAGAACAGUUUGCAGAUGCUGAUGAACGUCAGCCAUCAACAUCUGGUACAACGAAAGAAAUAGGAAAUGACAAGACAUCAGCCAAUGGAGGAGGUGUUGCAAAAUCAGACGACAAACUUGGCAACACUAUUUUAACAACCAAACCAGUCAGUGGUUCAAAAGGAAUUAUCGAGACUGAGAGGACAAUGGGAUGUGAUGAGAAACCAGAUUCUGAGGUUUUAUCGGGAAUGAAAAAGGAAGUGAGUGUGGAAAAUGUCGCUUCCACUAAUAUUCUUAUGAAUAGCACAUAUCCGGCUCCGGCAACAUUUGCAUCCAGUUCACUCAUAGAUAGCAAAGAAGCAACAAAAACAGAUGACACAUUAAAGAACACAACGCCGAGUAUCUACCCAUAUAUGCAACUGAAUGAAAUAAAGACUGCCUCUUCCGAAGUGAUCGAUGAGUUGUCAACAUUAACUUACUCGGGACAAGUGCGAGAACAUAAUGUAACUGGCAUGCGGCAAUCGCCGCUUCUGUCGUCGAAAAUUCAGAACGAGAUUGUGGGUGAAUGCAUAGGUAAUGCAUAUCUUUCUCCUUGCUUAGAAUCAAAUGAGUACGGAUUGCUGACGGAAAAUCAGUUGCUAUCAUUUUACCAAAACGAACUAUAUGAAGGCGUGGAAGAACUUGUGGAUGAAUUUUUAGAACAUGAAGAAUUUCCACAACAUAAUUUGCAUGAGUAUUUGAAACGGUAUAAAAAAGUAUGUGAAGAUAUUGAUGCUAAAGAAACUGACGUUAUGGAAUGUGAACAGCGAGUGAAAGAAUGUGCUAAAGCAUCAUGGACAGCUGAAAAUCGAAUUAUCAAGCAGGAAGGGCGAUGUGGAGAACAGAAAUAUGCAACAGGUAGUGCAACUUAUUUAGUCGCAACGUUUCAUCCCGAAAAAGCUGCAGAAUUGUCUCGCUUAUUGAAGCACGAUGUAUCCUCACGUCUUGAUUCGUCAUUGAGUUUACAAAUUCAGAUGCGUUCUCUUGCAUUACAAAUUCAGUGGCGUAUUGUCGAGUAUAACAGUGCCUUUAUGAUGGAAUAUCGUUGCAAUAUAGACAGUCCACCGUGCUUUCUUCCUGGUAGCGCUGAUACUGUAAGUAGACGAAAUCUUCGUAAUGCACUGUCGGAUUUAUUUCACUAUUUACGUUAUCCAGAUCUUCCUACCCGGUUCGUCACCGCCGUUUCUGGGUGGAUUACUGAAUUGGUAGCUGUACUUCUGAAAGCAUGUACCUCCUCAGAUCAGCAAUAUUUGUUGUGUCAAGUGCUUCGUCUAGUUUCACCAGUAUCUCAAUGGGCGGCACCAUUACUUCAGUCAUAUAUUGAAAUUGACAGCACAAAUGAUCGUCUUAUUAUUGAUAAUUAUGUAGUAAUGAUGAGUUUGCUGCUUUCAUCGAUACGGGGCCGUGAAAAUUUUUUAGGACGUAUAAUGAAUUUUGAAAAUGAAAACAAUACUUGGGUUGUUAUAAAUGAUGAUGAAGCCGAGAAGGAUGGAUCUGUAGUGACUAUAAGUGAAACCGAUUUGAUAGCAUUUCUCAAUCAGUUCAGUGCUGAAGCUGUUUUUGCUAAAGCAAUUCGAUGUUUCGCUAUCACUUUGAGAUCAGAUCCAAUUAAUCAGGCUUUAACUUUGGUUGCUUUUGAACUGGUGCUUAUUAAAAUAUUUAACGAUGGCUUAUAUACCUAUGGCACAUCCAGCUAUCGCCAAUUUUGUAAACAAAUUGGUCAUGCACUACGCCAAAGCGUCGUGUGCUCAGCAGAAUUUUUGAAGGUUAUCAAAGAUAAGUUAUCAUUUGAUGAAACAGAAAUAGUGCAGAAAGAAUUCGAUCGCAUUGUUCUACAUGCGGUAUAUUAUAUCGUUAACAAGCAGAACCUUGGCCUUUUGCAAUUUUUGGUGGACUUGCCAUAUGAUUUUGUCAGUGAAAUAUGUCGAAUGCGUUGUCAAAUAUUAUUGAGGCGAAAAAUGGCGCUAACGAUAACACAACUGUACGAAUUUCCAGAUAAAGAUUUGGCUAAUUUAGUUGAAAAAGCUGGCAGUUUAUUUGACAAAUUACCGGAUUUACCGAGUGACGAUCGCAUUUAUAUGAUUUCGACUUUAGCAGCCAUCAUUUCUGUAUCAAAUGGAGGUGUUGAUUCGUUUACAGUUGAAAUACUGAAUGUAUGCUUCCUUGAUGUUUCCAUGCGCAACCAUUUCUAUAAAAUUGGUGCUGAAACUAUUGGAAUUCUCAUCGAUAAGCAUCCGUAUAUCCUUCAGAAGAUAUUGCUUUUUAUCGACCGGAAUCUCGAUUCCCUAGAUGAAUAUGCAGUAGAAGUGCUAUCAAUAGCACCCUUAUCAAAAUGUCGCUUAUCAGUAGAUGACGUCGGCGUAAUAUGUGGGAAAUGGUUAAUUAAUAGGCCACCAAGUCACCCUGCGUCCAGAAUUGCCAGACGUGUGCUGGGUUCCAUGAACUGGGGAACGGAUGGAAAUGGAAAGCUUUGGUUGCAACCUGAAGUACACGCUGUUUGUGCUGAUACCUUAAUUAAGGGGCAUAUGACCCAAUGUAAAGCAACUAAUGGAUUAAUUUCGAAAUCUUGGAAUAAAGUCGCUAAACUGGCAUCGAAAGUACCCGACUAUGAGCAUCAGUUUGAUGCUUUCUGUUGGGAUAUUUUGGUACGAUUGAAGUUGCCCGUGCAGGCAAAUAAUUUGAAUAUUCAGUCAGUCAACGAUCUCGCUUCCUUCUUCGUUUUUAUUAUUCAACGAUCAUUAUUAAGUGUCGAUGAAUUUUUGUCAUCAGGCUUGUCACUAUGGUCGGAACUUAUCACAUCCGGUUGCUAUGUUGGAUCAGUUGUAAUCCUCGCCCGACUUAUGUCAUCAUUUCCAAAUGCAGUCACAGUCUUAACUUCACAUGAAAUCUUCACACACUGCCUCGACCGAUUACUUCUAUGUGAUUUUUCCUCCUAUGCCGUUCAGCUUAUUGCUGGCGCCAAUAAAUUUCCUGGUCCAACUGUCCGUCUUUUAGGCUCAGCUAUUACGUACCAUAUAAAUGAGAAUUUUUCGCAAAUACAAUUGUGCGGUUGGAUACAGUUGUUAUGCUGCAAAAGGCCCACGCAAUGGAACACUGAUAAAUCCACGCUUUAUUUGCUGGGGAUAUUGGUACGUAUAGCAUUUGUAAGGGAUCAAACAAACCUAUUAGGCAUUCCGGAAUUAUUUAAGGUCAACUAUGCCGCUUUGCUACAGCAAUGGAAAGAUGGAUCAAAAGGUGUGUUAUCAUGGUUUACAAGUGAUGACAGCGUCCCUCCUCUCAUUGAUUCCUCAAAUUUGAACGUUUCACCGUGGGCAUCCUUUGCAUUGUUAUUAGCCGAACAGCAGAGUCAUGAAACUUUUUACGAAACUUUAUACCAAACAAUGAGUAAACAUCCUAAACAUAAUUUGGAUCAAUCUGUGAAGAAGGCAGCAUCCAAAUCCCAUGUUAAUAUUCCGAUUGAACGACUGCAUUUUCAUCGAUGGGUGCAAUUUGCAUGCAGUGAUAAUAUUAAAGAACAUCCAAUCUUUCCUCUUAUCCUGCAGAAUUUGGCAAUUCAUUUAUAUUCGCGAAAAAUAUAUUUAUCGACAAAAUUUUGCUUCGGAGAGAAAUAUCUGACAAGUCCAUCGAGCAAGGCUCUGUUUGACGAAUUAAGAGAAAAGAUUUUACCUCAAAUGGAAUACAACAGUGAAGUGGGUGUCUCUCUAUUUUAUAAGGCAUUUGCUCAGUGGUUAUCAAAUCCAAAAAUCUGCAAUAUAUCAUUUCAUGCUUUUGAGGAUUUUUUACUCGACCAUUUAUUGCAGUUUAUUGUUGCAAAUGACUUGCAUCCUUGGUUGGAAUAUAUGAAUAUAAAUGAACUGCGAAAGAAAAUCAGUGAUGAACAGAAGCUGUAUAUAUUUGCAUGUCAUCUUGGUUCACUUGUGGUUAACCCACCAGUUAUCCGUGCGCGUAACCUUACACAACUGGUAGCUCAAUUCAACAAACGCAAUCAGGCACUGCCUUAUCCUGUGAUACCGCUACAUCCCACAUUGCCGCGGGAAAUUCCUUUCGAUUUAUCUAUUGCAUGUGAUAGCCGUAAUUGUCUUACGCCAUUUGCUGCACAUGUAAGGGCAAUCAAUGAAGCUGCCAGGAUAUUUGUUGGUGUAAAAGAUCAGAUAGAAAUGCUGGAUAACGAAUACAUCGGUUACUAUCCGGACCUAUAUACCAAAUCAGCAGGUGAAUUACCCAUUGUAUUGAAGUGUGGUACCACCUUCGGCAGCAAAUGUGCACAUCCUACAACGUCCACUGUAACUGUUGCAAUCAGUCGAUAUCAGGUAUCUGUGGAAGAUAAAAUGAAGGCUAAUCGUCAAAAAAGAUCAGAUGAAUUGACAAGCAUCUAUUGUAAAGUGUUUGAACAAACAUCACUUCAUUGUGCUAAUUUGGAAAAUAUAGUGAUGUUACCGCCUCAUCAGUUUUCACAGCUUAUGCCUGCUGCAUUUGAAAACUUGAUUUCAAUAUCAGAUACCUCAUUGCCAUUGUAUGAUGUUUGCGCAAAGCACUUUAUCCAUUCUGUAUUCCAUCGAUUUCCGAGCAAUUUCAUUGACGGUUUAAAACUUUCACUUGCUGCGUGCGAUACAAAAAGUACGCCAUUAUGCAUAUUUGAUGAAAUUAUCAAAAAACUUGGUGCAGGCAAGAUGGGUUUAAUGGAUACUAAGCCAGAGCAUGUCAUCGAUAUUAUGACUGCGACUGUUGCAAGUGAAACAGUUGCUGUACAAUUCAAGAAAUCUAGGAAUGAAUUGUCUACCAGACUGUACAGUGUUUGGGCUAACUAUCUACCGAAGGUGUUGCAUUUGGUUCAGUUUUUUCUAUAUAGUGCAACAUCUUUAUCAUUUAGUUCCGAACAACCUACUGGAAAACUUGAAUCAGAAUUACGACAGAUGUUUGGAAAUUGCAUCCAAGUGUUUGGCCCACUCCUAGAACCAUUUGGUUCUGGUCUUCCUCCAUGGAAUCCAGCUGAUGCUGAUAGUGCUGCCGUUGUUCUCGAUUACUUUGUAUCGUUGAUGGAACAGCUUCAUCUACUGUACGAUGCCUAUUUUCCACCGGGUUCUGAAAAUUUGAUAAUAUUGUUUUGGCGUUACUACGCGGAGAAAUUGGCAUGCUUCACUCGUGGUGGUUCUCAUGUACAUCAAAUUAUUGAAAGUCGUUUUAUUAAUAUUCCUUGGCAUUUAUUUUGGCCAAGUCUAUACGAUCUUGCUUCUAUGGAUAAAAUCAUGGUUGAAGGCGCACCUGAAAGUGCUCCUCUUAUUACUCAAAUUGUUGUUCGUAUUCCAUGGCUUCCUCUCAUACAGUACCAAGCGCAGCAACCCUUAGAUGCACAUCGCGCUUUUUAUUCAUUAUUAUUUUCACUACUGACAAGCUGUAUCAGUCGGCCAUCCAAUUAUGCAAUUUGCCGUGCUUCGUUGCCAAAAUUGAUGAACUCACUGGGACCAUUUCCAUGGCAUUUAAUUGACAUGGAACAACUUAAUGCUAUUUCAUCUCGUAUUGCGUCCAGUUUUUCACCAGUAGUCCUUACUGAUCCAAACGAUAUUACGAAUGCUUUUUUUGAGUUGUACCGUCGCGUUUGUUUUCUUGGGACAUUUUCGGCUGAUGUUGUUUCGGCUGCAGAAGUCUGUCAAAAGCAAUCCUUUUAUGUUCGUACUCAACUUGCCUUAAUGCUUGAAAAUUCGAACGAUCGGACAUGGCUAAGACGGUUUUAUGAGGACCAAAUCAAAGUUGUUGACAAUAUCGUUUCAUCAGCAGGAUUAUCGGAAAAUCAGGCAUAUUUAUCAAGUGAACUGACGUCGUUCUGGUCUGAUAUAUCUGAUAAUAAAUUCUUAGAAGUUUUUUCAUCAGCCUUAUUGCAAUGGUUGGAAGAGAACACUAAUUCUUCACUUGUUUUGUUACUACUGUAUACCACCAUAGGUUCUUUAAAAAUGAAACAAAUUUCGCUUGGUCUUCAAAUUAUCGAGAAAUCUAUUGCAACAUAUUUUGGAAGAAUGGGCUUAUGCGAAUGGGAUGUUGUACUAAAAUGGACUGCUUUACCUGAUUAUUGCGGUCGAAUUCUUUUCACUCUACCCAGUUCUGAAAAUAAUGUAUUCUUACCGUUAUGCGCAAACGCAUUUAUAAUGAAGCAGCUUAUGUCACUGACAUCAGUGAAGCAGCUGGAAUCUGCGUCAUUGCAACAGGAAAAUGCAUUGUUACGAAUUUUGUUGGAUUACAUAACAACUAUAAAACCAAGAUACGUGACCAAUGAAGCGGCAUUCCUACUUUUGAUGGAGAAAUUGCAGAAAUUACUAUUGCGACAGUAUAAUUAUUCUGGGACUCAAGGCAAUCAAUUUCUAAUGCAGUAUUUGGAAUGGCUUGAACGGGCAAGUAGUGAUGACAAGUCAAACUCUUUCUUUUCCUUAAUUGGCUUCUCCAAAAAACAGCCUUACUCCAUUAGAAUGCGCUACAUAUGCUAUUUGAUGAAUCUAUAUGUAUCACAGCAAACGAUAGCUCCAAAUCAACCACCGCGGAAUGCGGUCAAUGUUCCGGUACUUAACUGUCGCAUGCAGUCAUUCAAGGAACUCUGCGCAAAUAAGCAGUAUACUCCCUUCCAAGCAACUUCUGAGCUGGCUCAACCUUACUUUAUUCAAGUGCAGAAUUACCACAUCACACAUAUGAAUGAAUUGUUUGCACGUGUUGUUCGGUCGUUAUACAACGAAAAGUACUUAGAGGAAAUGCUUGCUAACGCUGGUCGUUCUUACUGAUAUAUUAAUAUUAGUUUAAGUUUUUCCGCUUUUUCUGCUUAAUCACUAUCUUUGAUAUUCACAAGUACUCCAUCUUGUUUUUGCCUAAGAAUUUGAACUACUUUAUUUAGGUUAGGUCAAGAAUACUAAUAAGACAAAUCAGUG